AUGGCAUACGUCGAGCUGUCGCAGACCCUAGCGGAGUCGUUCAACGCGCUGGCCGACGAGGUCCAGACUCUGGCCGAUCGCAAAACAGUUUUGGAGCACAAACUGCGCUUCGCUCAUGAACAGUUUCAGUACCUUGCUGAUAAAUAUGCUCCUGCCGCGCCAGAGAUAGCCGAUACGCUGUCUAAACUGCAGCUUCCUCCGCAUACCUCCGUUGAUAACCACUCACCGGUACCGCUGCCUCAGCGGACACAACCCUCACAACAUCAUCUCGCUCUUGUAAUCCGCGACGGACGCCGCGCGGCCAGUCGACUUGCCGCAUCUCUCGGGGAUGCAAGCAAGACCACUGUUUCUAGCAAGGGCACAUUUUCACACGACUCAAACGACGACGUCUCCUCGAUGUCAACAGCGCUAGAGCAGGACUUCACUGUCCAAGGCAAAAGGAGCGCCUUGCAGUGUCCUUUUCAGAAGCCGGUUGAGAAUACGAAUGGUAGCCAGUCAGCUCACAAUAUUGGCACCAGCCACUACGAUCCCUCGGACCCGAUAUGUGCUGCUUUAGCCGACGGGACAGAAUCUUCCCAUGCUGCUACCGGCAAUGGGACCUCUGCCCCAAGCAAAUGCCCCAUUCGGUUCCUCGACAAACAUAGUCCGGAGGAGGUAGCUCGCUACGUUGAAAUGCACAAGCAUGAGCUUCCCCGCAGCCACGAGGUCUGCCUGAGAAGGUAUGGCCGAAACGAGCAAGAAGUUCGCAAGCUUGAUUCCAAGUACGGCAACAUCGCAAGCAUGAUUGAGGAUCUGGGACAGCUGCAUCAGCCCAUGCUUCCCGAGGAUGGCGGCCCCCAUCCAGGUGCCAGUGACACGGACGAGGCUUCCAACCGUCGAGUAGAGAGCUGGGCAAACGGCGUCAACGCUUCUACACACUCGGAUAACCCCGAUGCUCUACCCGACGAUGACCAAGACCGCCAGAGCCAUUUUGACCGGCCCCUCAAGGAGGUUCGAGUCGGUGAAUCCCCAAGCCGUCCAUGGGGUAUAUCAGUCCCCGUCUACGAGGCGGAUGAUCGUGAUCUGAACCUCUUGUCGCCGCCAGCUGCUCCGCUAAAAAUGCCGACACCGCACCAUCCUCCAGCCAUACCCUCGGGUGGACCGAAGAAGUGUCCAUUUGACCACAAGCUUGCUUUCGGCGGAGGUCGUGAUGGUGAAACUCCCAAGCCUCCGCCAAAGGACGGACCUGCUCUGCAAGGACCUCCGCCCUUCACACCCUUCCGUGACAACACGGCCCGUAUGUCGCCCGUACAUAGUACGCAGCAACAGCAGCCAGUUUUUGUGGCACCAGACGCCGUCAGAGGCAAGUCUGAUCAGCCACAAAUGAUCUUUACAGGACCGGUCUUUAUCGGAUAUCCCAUGGACCAGGCUCUGCAAUUUAUGAAUCAAUUCCAGCGUCGUUCUUGA